GGCAUAUCGAAUCCUGUAUUGAUUAUCAAAGGGACCUUGCUGUGUUUCACUACUAGUGUGUUUCCACAGGAGAACCAUUACACACCAAAAUUUGAGCCAGGUUGUUUAACGAUGUCAGUGGCAAUGCUGAGGAAGAUGGUGCGCGCAAUGAGAGGUUGAUUUGAUGUUUCGGUCUACGGAAGCACGGAGGAGCGUCAAGCCAAAGUGCCUCCGCUAGGAAUAUGUGUAGCUAAUAGUAUAGCAGGCACAGCUCGCAUUCAGGAAGAAAGAUAAGUAUCAUUGCAUCCUUUUCUUCUCCUUCCUAUCUUGCAUUUUUUACAUAUCUUUUUGCCACAUUUGUUGUUUUGUAUGCGAUGUUAUUGGUUUGUUGAUUGAUUCUCUCGCAUGCAGGGUCCCCUCAGGUUACUCCCUCGGCAACACUCAAUGAAGGCAAUCUGGAGGACCUCAUUAUAUUACGUUUUCCCACCAUUUGUCGCCUUUUAGUUUACGAAAAAAGGCCGACAGUUAGCAAAAUAGGACUCACAGCAUUCUUAUUUAGCGUAAGGAUUGCCAUUUAAGCUAUGAGCAGCAUGGGAAAAAGUCUGCGUGGUCAAGAUAAUGAACACACUGCGUCCCAGUCGGUGAGUUCCAAACGCCGUCGUAUUGUUGGCAAUUAUGAGCUUGGCGCGAUCCUCGCGAUUGGGAACUUUGAUUGCUACACACAACUCUGCACUUACAUCCCAACCGGCGCUUGUUAUGUGGCGCGUAUUUACGAUAAGGCGCUGCUCGCCGAAACUCAGUGGAUGUGGGAGCGUGUGCGCGAAUCCGUCCACGUUCAACGCACCCUUCCAGAGCACCCGAAUCUUAUCGAAAUGGUCGAAUGCUUCGAGACCAUGACGUCCUUGUAUAUUGUCAUGUCGAUGUUUUCGUCUACAAGCGUUGUGAAGCUGUUUGUAAGUCAUCUGAACCCCUUCACAUGUAACACGAGUCCUCUCGAAGACUCCCGAGCGCUCAUCAUUGAGCAGAAGCAAACCUAUAACCCAGAAACAUCUGUAAAACAAUAUAGUAGCACCGGCGGCGAUGGCCUUCUCCGUCGUGCCAGCAAGGAUUUCAGGGUCCAUGACGACAAUAAGGUGUAUAAUUGCUACAACGAUGUGGGGUGGGAUUCCGGUAGCAACGCGAGAAACCUCUUUGCACCGACCCUCGCCCCUCCCCAACCCACCGAGGCCGUCCCCUCCUCUUAUGGGAAGGAAGCCAGGCGGGGCAUCCUCAGUCGAGAGCGGGACUCACCGUCGGGAUCGGAGGAGCUUCGCGACCGCGCCGCACGCGGGCGCCCCUCCCGUUCCCCUUCCCAAUCUCAAGCCCCCCAACCCCAGGGAUCUCCCUGCGAGAGGCGACGGACGUCUCUCUCACCGAGCUCCACCACGGAAGCGGGGCUCCUCCCCCUACCGUUUGGUCGUUCCGAACCCGGAAGGGAGGGUGUCUCCGGGGAGUCACAGGAGGGCCCGGUCGACGUCGCGUUUGUUCGCCACGUCUUCCUCAACGUCGUCCAUGGGGUGUUGCAUCUGCAUCGCCACGGCGUCGUGCACGGCGGGAUCGCCCCCGAUCACGUGUUGUAUAACGCCGAUCGCGGGAUGGUGAAGAUUAGUAAUAUGAUCUCCUGCUACCGCUGUCGGCAGGGGACGAAGCGGACGGAGCUGCGUGGAACUCGCCACACCGUCGCCCCGGAGGUGCUUAAGCAGGAGCCCUACGAUCCUUAUCUCACUGACGCAUGGUCGCUCGGGGUGCUGCUGUAUUUCAUGCUCAACGGUGGCCACUACCCACACGAUGGGGCGAACACCCUCAAACAUAUUCUUUACCACCGGAUUCGACCAAUGAAGCCGAACAUCCCGGCAAGCGGUGCGGAUCUCGUAAUUCAUCUUCUCCAACCAAAUCCAGCGGAACGUCUGACUGUCGAGGCGAUUCUAUAUCACCCGUUCUGCUACCAAGGUCCCUCCCUCGACCUAAGCACCACCACGGGCCGAGUCGACGACGAGGAUGAGAGUCUUAGCCGAAAAGACCUGUGCAACGAUUCCUUCGCGUCGCCGAAAAUUUUAGAAAGCAGCAUCCACUCCUUCGCGGGUCUCCUAAGUGGGACGGCCCGCUCGCAAAGUGCGACGAGGAUCGCCAGCUCCCAUCAAUCCAGCCAUCGUAGCCUCCUUCAACUCCGCAAGCGGCGAAUGCCGAGCAACUCAUCGCUGGGGGGUACUGGAGGAGGGGAGGGUGUAGGGGGCUCGCGCAACCCCGCCGCGGUGGCGAAUCGUGGGCAGGGUUUGUCGUCGCCAUCAGGGCCGAUCGCACUCUUGCCCUUCCACGUUGCGUCGGGUAGUACAUUGCUGUAUUCCUCUACCAAGAAGGCAAACUCCCUCCGGCUUCAUUUGGAUGCCCGAAACGAGGAUGAAGCCGCGGGUAUCAUUCAACGAGCCUAUCGUAUGUAUCGCCAGAAGAGGCAUUUCCGCUGGGUGACGCAAACCCUGCUGAAGAAAUCCAGUAGGAGACCAUCGCAUUACAACAUAAGCAAAUCUGAUGGAUAUGGCAUCUCAUCGAACCGAUCUCUCUCAUUUCGCUCUCGGCAGCCAAAGCCGUGGGGCACGCCGAAGCCGUCGUUAUCGGUGCAGGUACACUGCCCGAAUGAAAACGACCUUCCUGUCGAGGUCUUUCCGAAGGACAGCGCCCAGGUAGGAUGCAACCCCAAGGAUGCCAUGUUGCCAUCCGAUCAAGAGAAUGCAGUAGGGUACGACACGAACAACGAUGUCAGGAAUCUGGCGUCCAGCCAAGUAGCAUGUUCACUUGAUACCGAAGAGGAGGAGGCGGCGGUGCGGUUGGCUAAAUCUAAUUUUAACGCCACCAAGGCUCAAGAGAGCCAUCAAUUAUCACCGUUGAUUCCCGAAAGCAAGCAGCCGCCUGCCAUGUCCAGUCAAACCUUUUCUUUUUUAUACAAGACCCUUGGUUGCCGAUCUCCGCAGAUCCCGCUGCAUCAUCGCUCGAGACUUUAUAAUAAUAUCCCUCCCAUCCCCUCAGCGGCGAGGCCCCCUAGUAAGGGUUUCAGAAGCAAUGGCGGUGGUUUCCACUUGCCAUAUUUGAAUGCUCAACAGCCGCUGCGAAAUACGGUGUCUAAACCCUAUGCCAACACCAACUAUGAGUACAAAAAUGGUGUCUUUUUGCCCUCAAAAACAAUGUAA